GGCUGGGCUGCUGCCGGAGAGACCUGGAGUCAGCGCGAACACCCUACCAGUUAACCCAAACUGGCAUCGCAGCGGGGCUGAGGGGCUGCCCCGGCGAGGUUUAAACCUGAAUAACGUUUAGGUUGGAUCCUGCGCCUCUCUCUGUCACCACCGCCCGUCCUCCUGAUGUCGGACUUCAAGCUAGGGAUCGUACGACUCGGCCGUGUGGCCGGGAAGACAAAAUACACACUGAUUGAUGAGCAGGACAUACCGCUUGUGGAAAACUAUGCCUUUGAGGCGCGCAUGGAGGUAGAUGCGGAUGGCAAUGGAGCCAAGAUCUUUGCCUAUGCUUUUGACAUUGGGAAAGGCCGCUGGGCAGGAAGGCCGCUGCAUGAGCUGCUCUGGGAGAAGCACAGAGGCGGCAUUGCGCCCAGUUUUCAAGUCAUCCACAUCAACUCUGUGACAGUGGACAACCGGCUAGACAACCUGCGACUGGUGCCAGUGGGCUGGAACCCCAAGCCGGAGGAGAUUUCCAGCAAGCAAAGAGAGCAGUCUCUGUACUGGCUGGCCAUCCAGCAGGUGCCUGCCGACCCUGUGGAGGAGCAGUAUCUAGAGCUGAGCCGCACACGCUACUACAAUGCUAACGGGGAGCUGGUGGAGGAAGAGGAGUGCUCCUGCACCUACUAUGAGUGUCAUUAUCCUCCUUGUUCACUCAUUGAGAGGAGGCUGCGGGAGUUCAACAUCUGCGGUCGCUGCCAGGUGGCUCGCUACUGUGGCUCCCAGUGCCAGCAGAGGGACUGGCCUGCCCACAAGAAGCAGUGUCGUGAGCGCAAGCGGGGGCUGCCCCUGGAGAUGGAGCCCGAACGGUGAUCUGCCUUCAUCCUCAGCUGGGAGAGGAUGAGGGAGAAUGGGGGGACGGGGUUUGACUUGUGGGAGGGGAGCAGGGGUGUGAAGUGCAAAAUGGGGGGAAUUGCUGACAAGAGACUAACGACAGAGGACAAUGUUGGUUGCUUGAUUGUUUAAUGGACUCGGGGGGAAAGAAGAUUGAGGAGGGGAAAGAAGAAUAAAGCAAAAAGACAUCUGCCACUUCCCAGAACUGGUAGUUCUCCAUAGCUUGCUUUCCAUGUGGAUGACGGGGAAAGGUAUUAUUGUUUUUGUUUUUUGUUGUUGUUUUUUUUUUUUUUUGUCGUUUUGUUUUUUUUUUUUGUCUUUAUUUUCCUCGAGGAGGGAGACCCUCGAGCUCUACCUGCUGCUAUGGUUUUUUAUGUGAGGGGGAAAAAGUUGUCUUGUUGACGAACUGGACAAGCUUCUUUGGACCACAGUCGAACAUGGACAGUUAUCGUCAUCCACUUUUGUUCCUCCACCCAACCGCUGGGUGUGGUGACGUCUGUGCAAACGGGGGACCCAGGGGCUACAGUACCCGUCGUUCAGCCGGUACAAUGGGACAUGGACCUUUUCACUGUAUCGCUCCCUUUCUGACCUCUCUGGUGCGCACGGCUGCCGUCUUCAUGGUCAUCGACACCUUAGCCGCCUCCCUGUCUGUUGUAGUCACCACGAAGCCAACCACGACACACAUCAGAUAGAUUUCACUGAUUGAGUAACACUACCAGUAUUGAGUGUGGGAGUGUCUGUGUGUGUAUGUCUGUGUGUGUAUGUAUGCGUGUGUUCUGCCAAUAUGUACUGAAGGACAUUGAAAUGGUCAACAUAGGUUACAGGCCGGACUAAUGUAUGUCUUUUCUCUUCUGAAAGGGGCCAUAUUACAGUUUUAAAUUUCAUAUUUAAUGAUAAACUGGUCGGUAAAAAAUAUUUUCACUGUUCUAUAAUAAAUUAGCUGCCAAAUAAAGGCUUUAAUUUUUUUCUAGAAAUUUUCUUGACCCAUGAUUUUUUCUUUUUUAAUUAAUCAAUUUGACUUGUUUUGUUUUUCAAGAUGUGGUACAAAGUUUUUAAUUGCCCGAAGGAACUGGAUUUAUUACAUUUUUAGAAAAUCUGAAUGUUCAAAGUUCUCCAGUUUCUCUUAAAAAAAAAACCGGUCCUGCUGUUAUUUGGUACUUUGGUAGACCUCUUUUCAUGAUGAUCACAAAAUUAAAAAACUUUUGUCGAUCACAAAAUAAUUAUCUUGUGUUCUCAAGACAAAGUAUCUCUGUCAAAGUUCUCUGCUGAUGAAACAAAAUGGAAGAAAUUAUCUUUACCAAAGUCUGCUCUUCUUCUGUGGUUUGGCACUUCUAUCACCUGGUAUCAGUCCCUCCAGUCAGUCUUACAUUGCUGGUUUUUAACACACACACCUGUCAACGAUAUUUUUACAUCUGCAGGGUUAUGGUAUGUGUGUAGGGGUCGGGGAGGGGGGCUCAGUUUCUCGUGUGAGAGUUUGAUCUAAGGGUUAUUUUUUGAAGAAAAUCUAUCAAUGGAGCUAUAUUUAUUUAAAAUGUUUGAUUGUGAAACAUGUUUUGUCCUGGUGAUAUUUGAAGGCAAAAAUAGUGAAAAAUGGACAAUAUGGGACCUUUAUGUCACGUAUCUUUGGUCGGGGAGGGGGACUGAACAUUUCAAUCCCUUUUACUUGAUUUUUUUUUUUUUUUUUUUUUUUUUUUUUUUUUU